AUGUCGGUGUUGAGUGUUAUCCCCGUGUUAUGCCAAGGAGAAAUAGGAACAGGAUAUCUAGAUCACUUGAGAUACUUAGCAUAUCAUCUACCGACGACUUGGUUCACAGACUUGUACAGUGCAGUGAAAUUUUCCAACCUCUUGAACCUAGAAACCCUUAACCUCCAAGGUCAGUGGGAAAACAAUUUCAUUCAGUUGUCUGCUGAUAUAUUUAAGAUGGUUAAGUUGAGGCAUCUUUAUUCUACGCAUGGCGUAUUCAUAUAUCAUGUUUCUUCCGAAGAAGCAACAAGAUUUGGUUUUGAUCAUUCCUCUAAGUUAGAUAGCCUACAGACCUUGAACCGAAUAUGUCCUUGUGAGGAAUGCCAAAGUUUCUUAGUAAGGACUCCCAAUCUUAGAAAGCUAGGAGUUCAUGGAGAACUAAUAUCACAGGAUGGUGUGUUGAUGCUCCCUGACCUAGAGUUCUUAAAAUGCCUUGAGACACUCCGUUUUACCAACACAAAGUUCUUCAGCAAAAGCGGGGCAACUCUUCCGACAGGGCUGAAGCUUCCUUUGAAUGUUACGCGACUAACUUUGAAGCACACCUACUUACAGUGGAAGGAGCUGUCAAUCCUCCUAACAGGCCUGCCGAGCCUUGAGGUUCUCAAAUUAUUAGUAGACUCCUGUUGUGGGCCAGUUUGGGACACAAGUGAACUUGAGGAGGGGUUCCCUCAACUCAAGUAUUUGAGGUUUGAAAGUUUGGAUAUCGAGGAGUGGAAUGCUUCCGAAGAUCAAUUUCCAGGACUUGAGGUCUUAGUUCUUCGAUCUUGCCAAAAAUUGGAGCGGAUCCCGAUUGAUUUUGCUAAUCUAAACGAACUUCGCGAAAUUACAAUGAACCAGUGCAGUCCCUCUUUGGAGGAAUCGUCCAGGGAGAUUCAGGAAGAGCUAAGAAAUAAAAAAGGAGAUGAUGAUUGCCUAAAUCUCCUUCUCAAUAAUAAUACGGCGCAGAAGACACUUUCGUUUACAAUUGAUCUUCCCGGCAUCCCCAGUAUUGACGGCAUUUGUAUUACACUUGCUAGCGUCCAGCUUGUAGUUGACAAGAUGAUGCAGGAGCAUUUUAAUGGUUAUUGGGAAAUAACAUGA